UAGAAAAAAAACAAAAGUGGAGGCAUCAGAUGGGACCUAUUAAUUUUGCAAGAGUACGCGUGGCAUUGCGUGCAAGUAAAGAGAACAACGAGGAACCAUCUAAGUCUGAAAUAUUUAUUGCAACUCGUACAAAACAAGGGAAGCAAGUUCAUGAAGAUGCUCAAAUUGCAAUAUCUGAACUUCAAAACCGUCAAAACGCUUGGGAAUCAUCGGAUGAAGCAUUUAGAGCAGUGUUUGGAAAGGAGCAACCUGGUCGAAUACGAUGCUAUGGAAGAUCAGUGACAACAAGUUCUCAUAAAAAAGACGAGGAAAUCAAUAAGAUCCAACAAAAGCAUAACAAUGAAGUCUCUACUUUGAAAGCAGAAAUGCAAGAAAUGAGAGAAGAAAUGCAAGAAUUGAGGCAAAUGCGUCAUUGCUUUGAUCUAUUGGUGCAAAACAAUCCUGAACUUUUGUUCAAAUAUACCAGGAUUUGUUGGAUCUAACCAACCUUCUCCAGUUGAUGCAAGUAGCGCACAAGCUGUAAGAGGCCAAAAUCUCCCGCAUUCCUCUGGAUCAACCCGUGGUCCAAUUCUUGAAAAGGAGAAAGUGGGCGAUGCAAUUGGAAAUGGUGGCGGAAAGUCAAUUUGAUCGUAAUGUG